UGCGCGGGUCAGUGAGCGCCCCAGUCUGUUAGACAAUUGGAUUAGAACAACGAGACCUUUCAAAGGAACCGCAAGUCCAACGACUCCUCCUCCGUCACGCCACCCUCCCAUCACUGACCUUGUCCUACGAGUACCAUUUGUAGCUAAACGCUGUGGCUGACGAACAACCCAUUUCUACUGUAGCUUUACCUCAUCAUCAGCAAUGAACAAGUCAUCCUCAAACAAAUGCAGUUACAAAUAUGAGGAUUAUAGAGAAACAGCUGAUUGGUUGCUGUCCCACACUGAGCAGAGGCCUAAAGUAGCCAUCAUCUGUGGCUCUGGCAUGGGCGGCCUGGCUGACCUGCUGGACAACAAGACUGUGUUUCCCUACAAGGACAUCCCAUGCUUCCCCAACAGCACAGUACAAGGACAUGCCAGUCAGCUGGUCUUUGGGGAGCUGCAGGGGAAGCAGUGUGUCUGCAUGCAGGGCCGCUUCCACUUCUACGAAGGCUACAACAUUGCCACAGUGACAUACCCAGUGCGAGUGUUCUUCCUGCUCGGGGUGGAGACCCUGAUUGUCACUAAUGCUGCUGGGGGGCUGAACCCCAACUUUAAAGUCGGUGACAUCAUGCUGAUCAAGGAUCACAUCAACAUGCCAGGCUUUGCAGGCCAGAACCCACUGUGUGGUCACAACGAUGAAAGGUUUGGAGUCCGUUUUCCCUGCAUGUCGGACGCCUAUGACAAAGACAUUUCUAGACUGGCCAAAGAGACUGCUGAGGAGCAGGGCUGUUCCUCCUUCAUCCAGCAAGGCGUGUACUGCAUGGUGGCAGGUCCCAACUUUGAGACCAUCGCAGAGUGCAGAGUUCUCCAGAAACUAGGCGCAGAUGCUGUGGGUAUGAGUACAGUCCCUGAGGUGGUGGUGGCUCGUCACUGUGGUCUUCGUGUCUUUGGCCUGUCUCUCAUCACCAACAAGGUGGUCACAGACUACAACAGCCAGGAGAAGUCCAACCAUGAGGAGGUACUGGAUACCACAAGAAUGCGCACUCAGGACCUACAGAGGCUGAUCAGUAACCUGCUGGCUAAGAUGUAGAUCAGCCCCAGUCUGUCUGUGUUAACUGCCCAGGAACAUAGCUACUGUAAGGUGAUGUUAUACAGAAAGCACAGAUGCAUAUAUUCUAGAGAAAUAGCUAGCAGACAGAUCAUUGCAAUCACAUGAUAUACAUAAUUUGAAGGAGAGGCUAGAUAGCUUUAAAUGAUGUGUUAUUUGUUUACAUUUCUCAGCACAGAGGCUAAUGCUAGUAUUGCUACUUAUAAUAAUAAUAAUAAUAAUAAGUUUGAUUUGACAUUUUAUAGGCUAGGAUUUGUCUUCAUUGUGUAAUCUCUAAACUGAAGCACUGUAAAGAGGCAUACUAACCAAACUCACCUCUUCAAAAAGGGGUUGUCCAUAUGGCUAUAAAGUAAUGUAAUACUUGAAAAUAAUAUAUGCCUUUGAAUUAAAACAAAACUGAAAAUGCA